AUGCGCCGCGUCCUCCGGCUGCUCCUCGGCUGCUGCCUCACGGAGCUGUGCGCCCGCGUGUGCCGGGCGCAGGAGCGAGCCGGGCUCGGGCCGCUGGCGCAACUGGGCGGCGUGGUGGUGCUGACGGGAGGCAAUCGCUCCGGGGCGGCCUCCGGAGAGGCCGCCGAGGGCACCGGGGGUUCGGACGCACCCCCGACCCGGGCGCCCACGCCGGACUUCUGUCGGGGUUACUUCGAUGUCAUGGGCCAGUGGGACCCGCCAUUCAACUGCAGCUCGGGCGACUUCAUCUUCUGCUGCGGGACGUGCGGCUUCCGGUUCUGCUGCACCUUCAAGAAGCGGCGCCUGAACCAGAGCACCUGCACCAACUACGACACCCCGCUCUGGCUCAACACCGGCAAGCCCCCCGCGCGCAAGGACGACCCCCUGCACGACCCCACCAAGGACAAGACCAACCUGAUCGUCUACAUCAUCUGCGGGGUGGUGGCCGUCAUGGUGCUCGUGGGCAUCUUCACCAAGCUGGGCUUGGAGAAGGCGCACCGACCCCAGAGGGAGCACAUGUCCAGGGCCCUGGCAGAUGUCAUGAGACCUCAGGAUCACUGCAACACUGACCACAUGGAGAGAGACCUGAACAUCGUAGUCCAUGUCCAGCAUUACGAGAACAUGGAUACGAGAACCCCCAUAAAUAAUCUUCAUACCACCCAGAUGAACAACGCGGUGCCCACUUCGCCUCUUCUCCAACAGAUGGGCCACCCACAUUCGUACCCCAACCUGGGCCACAUCUCCAACCCCUAUGAGCAGCCGCCACCGGGCAAAGAGCUCAACAAGUACGCCUCCUUGAAGGCAGUCGGCAAUUCUGAUGCUGACUGGGCGGUGUCGACACUUACGUUGCCGAAAGCUGACAAGGUCAAUGAUGACUUCUACUCCAAGCGAAGGCACCUGGCUGAGCUGGCUGCCAAGGGGAACCUACCUCUGCACCCUGUAAGAGUGGAGGAUGAACCCCGGGCCUUCAGCCCCGAACACGGGCCCGCCAAGCAGAACGGACAGAAGUCCCGCGGCACCAACAAGAUGGCACCACACCCCCUGGCCUACAACACCACCACCGCCAACUUUAAGACUUGGGACCCCAACGACCAGUCUCUCCGCCGACAGGCAUAUGGUAACAAGGGCAAGCUUGGCAUGGCUGAAUCCGGGUCCAGUGACCCCCUGGGAACUCGCCCCCAGCACUUCCCACCCACACAGCCAUACUUCAUCACCAACAGCAAAACAGAAGUGACUGUCUGA